AUGGCUACUAAGAUGUCUAUGGUUUUCACUUUUCUUGGUUUAUUAGCAAUUAUUUGUACCACAACAGCUAGAGAAAUGCCUAGUGACAAAGGUCUUGCUGAUCAGAAGAAUUUUGUGGGGGUUGGUGGUGUUGGAGGAUUUAGUGGUGUUGGAAGCAAUGGGCUGCCUAUUGGUGGAGUUGGAGGUGGGGUAGGUGGUGGUGCUGACCUGGGUGGUGGACUUGGUGGUGCAGUGGGGGGUGUUGGUGGAAUUGGUGGGGUAGGAGGACUUGGUGGGGCAGCGGGACUUGGUGGACUAGGGGGUGGAGCUGGUGGACUAGGUGGGUUGGGGGGUGGUGAUGGUGGACUUGGCGGACUAGGGGGUGGUGCUGGUGGACUAGGUGGGUUGGGUGGUGGUGAUGGUGGACUUGGUGGAUUAGGGGGUGGUGUUGGUGGACUUGGGGGUGCAGGGGGGUUGGGGGAUGUAGGUGGGUUGGGUGGUGCAGGGGGGUUGGGUGGUGGUUGUGGACCUUGUAGUGGGGCUGGAAGUCUUCCAUGA